AUGGGGAGCUGCCAGUGUGACAGGGCGCUGGGAGUCACAGCCCACCCCGGGCCGUCUCCUGGAGUGUGCCGGUGCCUCCAAACGAUGAGGAUCCCUUCAGCACCCCAGAGGAGGGGGGGUGGUCCUGGCAGAUGUGGCUACAGUGGCUGUCUCACCCCCUUGCUUCCCCACAGGCAGGGGCCGAGAGAUGCCGAGCAGCCACGUAAAGUGUGGGGGGAACAGCAGCCGUUUGGGUCCAGCCUGACGCCCUGCUCUCUACCCCCUUGUCCCAUCCACGUUCAUGGCCUCGUCCUGCAGCUGGGCUCUCCCUGGUCACAGGUGUUGUCUUUGGCAGGGCUGGGGUCAGCCUGCGGGUCCAGAGCCAGUGUUUUAUGUAAGAGAGAGGUGCUUCCUGCAUGCCUUCCCUGCGGCGCCCAGAUAAGCCCCAUGGUGACAAGGGCCCUUUGUCAGCUCCUGUCCCCAGGUGACAUGUCACAGGGGCCAGGUGCAACAGCUUGUCACCUGCUGCCAGCGCUGAGCGAGGCCUCUGAAGAUAAGGUGUGCCGGUGGGGCCUACCGCCCUCCCCCCCCUUCCAGGCCAGCACCUGGCUCAGGGCCUGCCCCCCAUACCCCCUAUAUAUCCCUGUGGGGCGCUCCCAGCUUGGCUGCACACCCAGGGCUGUGGGGCUGGACUGGGCUUCUCCGGUCCCCAGGGACGGCUCCCGGCCAGGCUGCAGCAGGGCAGGGGUGAGUGCUGCAUGUCAGGGUGCUGGGACCCCCGGACUGCCUGGGGGACAAUGGCCACAGGGGGUGGACUUGGGGUACCGCAGCCCCCGUGGCUGGUGGUCCCCGGUGGCAGCUCUGGGGCCGGACAUGGGGGUUGACCCCGCUGGAGCUGGGUGCCGCAGGCAGGUGUCUGCCCGGCAGAACUAACCCAGUUUAACAGAGAAACCUGCCCUGUGCCAGAUUUUCUGGGCUGUUCUCAGCAUCUCAGUUACCAAGGUGACUGUUUCCUGUGCGAUUGCUAAUGCUUCAUGAUCUCCCUCACGAUAUCUGAGUGACUUCCUUUUCUCUGUAAGGAGCUGUAGGACCCGCUCCUGCCCAGGGGCUGCCCAGACCCCUUCUGAGGUGUGGAGGAUUCAGAUUGUGCUGCUGUCCCUGACGGUCUGUUCCUGCUGCUGUGGGUUCGUCCCCAUGCUCUCUUGGGCUGAGCAGGGACCAGUGUGGCAGAGCG